UUGGGUGUCAGUUACUCAGGCGUCGAUCGAGACAUUGAAUUUCUUAGGACUUUCAUAAACAAUCCUCGUCGAUUCGAUUAUUCCAGCUGCCCCUUUGCAUUUGAAUUAAUAGCAUUAGUUUUCGAGUUACAAUCUCUAAUGCUUCUAUAUGCUGUAUCUUUCGAGCCUUUGAAAAGCCGCUCCAGGAGCGCCACCGUCUAACGAUAGUGAAAGUAGAUGACUCCACAUUGAUAUCCGAGCCUCAUAUACGUGUGUAACACGUAACGUGUUGCUGGUUGAUACUUGCUGGCAGUGUACAGUGUACAUCCAACCGUGUAGACCAGGUUUAUAUCCUAAACUAAAUAUACACGUGCACACACAUGUGUGUUCGUCCGCAUACACACAUAAGAGUAAUUCGAUUUUUUGCACCAAGCGCACAAAAUCACACAGUGACAUCAUGAUUGGUCGUUCAUUAGCCGUGCAGGUGGCCAAGUCCUGCACGUUGUUUGCUCUAACUGCUGCUCUUUUGCUCCUUUUGGCCCACUCGGUGUCAGAGACACGAGCUCACGGCGCCCACGACGCCCACGACGCCCACGACGACCACCAUCACCACCGUAUAACUCUUCAAGAUCUUGAAGCCGAGGAGCCACCGAGUUUCAAGUAUUCGAGAGAAGCCAAUAAUGUGUAUGGUGAUAUAAAUAAGGAGCAUAUAAUUGUGAAAAAAGCUAAAGUUGUGUGGGAAGAAUCGGCGGAACAACGCUAUCGUCAGCUUAAUCCCCACGAUGGUAGAGAGCAUACAGAAAUUCCUGCAGUGCACCAUGAUGAAACUCCUCACUGGAGACCUCUCCUCGAUUACCUGGACCACAAAGGUGAUGUUUUCGUGCAAGCCAUGGGAUCUACUUUACUCAUAUCGGCUGCUCCCUUCAUGAUAUUGUUCUUUGUGCCGUUGGAUAAUUCAAAAGAAAGAGAGCCUCUGCUAAAGAUUUUACUCAGCUUUGCAUCUGGUGGUUUGUUGGGUGAUGCGUUCUUGCAUCUUAUUCCACAUGCUCUACCUCACCACGAUCAUCAUGAUCAUCAUGAUCAUCAUGAUCAUUUUGAUCAUCAUUAUCAUCACGAUUACCAUGGAAAAGAAAAAAGCCAUCAUCACGAUCACCAUGGAAAAGAAAGUAGCCAUCAUCACCACAAUAUGUCUGUCGGACUUUGUAUUCUUGGAGGUAUUCUUACGUUCCUAAUAGUAGAGAAAAUUGUUAGACUUAUUAAAGGUGAUCAUCAUCACCAUCAUGCUCCUGCACCUGUAUCUGUACCUGAUGUUAAAAAUGAUAAUAAACUAAAGAAGAAUGACCAAAAAGGCAAGAAAGAAAAUGCCAAAAAGAAUGAAGAUAAGCAAGUGUGUGAAAAUGAGUCUGGUGAUAUAAAAGUAGCUGGCUAUCUUAAUUUGGCCGCUGAUUUCUUGCACAACUUUACUGAUGGCUUGGCGAUCGGUGCAAGUUAUUUGGCUGGAAAUAGUAUUGGAUACGUCACUACUUUUACAAUUUUAUUACAUGAAGUUCCUCAUGAAAUUGGAGAUUUUGCUAUUCUUGUGCAAAGUGGUUGCAGCAAGAAAAAAGCAAUGAUGCUUCAACUGAUUACUGCCCUUGGUGCUUUAUUGGGAACCUAUAUUUCAUUGCUAGUUGGUGGAAUGGGAGACUUAGCCACUGGAUGGAUUCUUCCUUUUACUGCUGGUGGAUUUAUUUACAUUGCUACAGUAUCUGUGAUUCCUGAACUCUUGGCUGAUACCAGCUUUUGGCAAUCGGUUAAAGAAAUCUUUGCUCUUAUUGUUGGUGUAUACAUGAUGGUACUCGUUGCAGAGUAUGAAUAAAUGAACCUAAGACAGAUAAACCUAAUAAUUUUAUUGGGGAUUGAACGAUACUGCAACGCUUUUUAGCUCUCAAUAUUAAAGCUAGAGAAACUAAGUAAAAAGUGAACCCAUUUCCUUCUCUUAUAAGAAAAUACAUUAAAGCACCAUGGUAUCGUUUAAUCCUCAAUAAGCAUCACAGCAUCAUAUAAAAUCAACUGAGAGUGAAUGUGUUUUGAAUGAUUCGAUGUUUCUGCUUUGUCAGAGUAUUUAUAAUGAUUCAAUUGAUGUGGUUAUGUUUGCGUGGGAUUUUUAUUAGUGUUGCCACUUUAUAAAAGUGUACAUAAAUAUAUGUAAGAGAUCGUAGUAUCAUACGUAUACUUAAGUUGACUGGAUUAAGACUUAAAAAAACUCUAUAAGAAUAAUAUUUUGAGUCAAUAGGAUCAUUUCAACAAAGAAUUAAUAUUUUCUUAAGCUUCAUUUUAUAGUUGCAAAUUCCAGUGAGUAAAAUAUUUUUGUACUAUACAUAUUUGAAUUCAAUGUUGAGCUGAACCUGUUAAAACUUGUCAAAUUUUUCAACAGACUUGUACGUUGUUUUAAUAAGAUAUAAAAAGUUUAUUCUUAUAAGUAUCAAUAAAAUAUUUCUGUGAAGUAAUACACAAUAUAUUUAUCAUUA